UAGCCAUACUCGGGCCCUUUGUCCCGGAUCUGCCUCUUCUUCUUCUCUCAUUCAUUCGACCCUCCCCCGGGCAAUUUUCGCGCUGAGCCGCGUGGACAUUUCAACCCAGUUAAAAGCAACCAAGGCUUAGCCCAAGAUGUCCAUGGUCACAGUGGGAUCCCUGCAACGCAUGACGGCGGAACAGCUGCGAAACAUUCUUCUCACGACGCCAAAGCCGCCUAUUGCAAUUAUUGAUGUACGCGAUGCCGACCAUAUUGGCGGCCAUAUUCUAGGAAGCCAGCACGUACCGUCUUCAUCGCUAGACUAUCGCGCACCCGAGCUGGUCCGGACGCUUGCUGACACGCCCACCGUCGUGUUUCAUUGCGCUCUGAGCCAGCAGCGCGGGCCGGGAGCUGCGCUGCGAUAUCUGCGCGAACGUAGUCGUAUGGGAUACGACAAGACCGCAGCAGAUGUCGUGGCAGAGGGCGGCGAGCAAGCCCAGGGAGCCCGGGAGAAGCCGCAACAGCAGGUAUAUGUUCUACAGGGAGGUUUUGUAAAAUGGCAAGAAAAAUACGGAUCCGACGAGCGCCUGACAGAAGGCUACGUCAAGGAUAUCUGGGAGGCUUUCUAAACAUGUGAUGGACGCAUCAUGCAUAUUGCGGCUGUAGACUUUCUUUCAAAUAGAGAUUGAUAUCCAG